AUUGUUGAUUUGAGUUGGAUUGAUUACAUAGAUCUGCCAUAUUUAAAAAGUUCUUUGAGGUUAUUGUUAUUGCUAUGUCGAGGGAGAACAGGCAUGAGGGAGGCUCGUAGGGCCAGAUUCUGACAAAAUGGCUGUUUCAACUGGACGCCAAGUCAAGAAACCAAGGGUGGUGGAGGAGCACCUGGAGUCAGAUGAUGGAGAGGUCAACCUGGAAGAGGUCGACAGUGGCUCAGAUAACUAUGACUUUGAACCGGGGGACGACUUGGAGGACAUCAAGCAAGAAGUGGAAGACUGGAACGACACACUAGAAGAAGUGGAAAUGGAGCAGGACGACUUCACAGAGGAGAUCAAACAAGAAGAGGACAGUGACAAUGAAGAAUGGAAGAACAAGAGCUCAAAGAAAGGCAGUAAAUGGGUGGAUGAGGCAAAAGGAUGGGGUGAAGGGGAUGACAACUUCGGCGAUGUUGAGUCUGGCAGCGGUGAUGAGGAAUCUGGAGCAGAGACUGAUGGAAGGAAGAAGAAGAAAAAGAAAAUUAAGAGCAAAGGUCAGACUAAAAAAAAGAAAGUGAGAAUAGAGAGAGAGGACUUGUCUGACUCAGAUGAUUUAAAAGAGGAAAAGGAAGAGGAGGAAACAGACGAGGAUGAAGAUGAUAGUGACAGUGCUUCUGAAAGUGACGAUGAUGGUGGCGUACAAGAAGCUGGCAUGGGAUUGGCUAACGUUCUAAACAUGAUUUUGAAGUCAAAGAAAAAGGGCAAAGAAAUUCUUACUAAGGCUAAGAAAGACGAUGAUAGGAGAGUUAGAUUUGAUGAAGACUUUGAGGUUGUUGAUGAAGAAGGAAAUGUUAGAAAAGUAGUGAAAGAAGAAGAGGUAAAAGAUGCAGUCAGAAUGUCACUGCAUCAGAAACAACUACAGAGAAAAGCAUGGAUAAACCAGUUUCACGUAAAGCCAACGAUAUUAGACAAUCGGGAAAAGGAGAAGGCGCUGAAGGUUAUAGCCACCCAUGGAGUUGUACAGUUAUUUGGCGCUAUUGAGAAGCACAAGAGCAUAAUCUCGAAGAAGAUGGCAGAGACCAAGAGUGUCAUUGGAAAAGAAACAUUGCUCGAGAAUAUUGGCAAGGAGGAUUUCCUGAAGGUGCUCAAGAGGAAAGGCAAACAGAUGGAAGAUGUGUACUCUGAAGACGAGGUUAAAAAGGAAUUGAAAAAGGAACCUGAAGAAGUCCCGAGUAAGAAGCCAAGGUGGAGCGUCCUCUCCGAAAACUUUUACAAGGAGCCAACACUACAAGGUUGGGAUCAAGAGAGUGAUGAAGACGAGUAAGUUGUUAUGUAAUUAAUAUGUUUGAGAAUGUAACAUAUUUAUGUAUUAUGUCCUUGAAUUCAUAAAAUUUAUAUGAAAAGGUAAAGAAAUGAAUUGUUUUUAUAA